GUUAACAGCAAAAUGAAAAAAGCUGAGAAUAGCAUGGUUUAAAGAAUGCCAAUUUGUAACCCAAGGGAUAGGUACUUGCAUACUAAUUGUAAUGUUCCUGCUGUCACAUUCCCUUCAGCUUGAAGAUCAGUCAGAAAGAGAAAUUCAGCAUCAUCUGUGACAGCCAGACAGUGGAACAAAAAAUGCCAGUGAAAUGCUGUUUCCACAGGUCACCAACUACAGAAACAACAGUGUGUUCUGAAAAUAUGGAUACACUUUUAACCAACCAAGCUGGUCUAGAUGCUUUUCGAACAUUCCUAAAAUCAGAGUUCAGUGAAGAAAACUUUGAGCUCUGGCUUGCCUGUGAAGACUUUAAGAAAACAGAAAGUGCAGAAAAAAUUGCUUCCAAAGCCAAGAUGAUUUAUUCUGAAUUCAUUGAAGCUGAUGCCCCUGAAGAGAUUAACAUUGACUUCAGUACCAGGGACCUCAUCUCAAAGAAUAUUGCAGAACCAACUCUCAAAUGUUUUGAUGAGGCUCAGCAGGUGAUCUACAGUCUGAUGACCAAGGAUUCUUUUCCUCGAUUUCUAAAGUCAGAGAUUUAUAAGAAACUGGCAAAUAGCAAACAGGUUGGAAAUCAUAAAAAAUGGCUCCCUUUCUUGUAA